UCCGGCUAAUCACAGCUUCCCUGCCCUCGUGUCCAUGCGCCGUGACGUCACACUCGCGCGAGAUGAAACCUGUGACGUCGGGAUUAUCUCUCCGGUAGGAGUCUUGGCGCUGGACGUUCACGUCGCUGCAAUUCGGAGCUGUGGAGAUCGUCGGACGGACUAGACAAGAUGAGCGGCAGCCGUGUUUUCAUUGGGAGACUGAGUCCUCAUGCCAGAGAGAGGGAUGUGGAGAAAUUCUUUAAAGGAUAUGGACGCAUCAGGGAAAUAAAUCUGAAGAAUGGAUUUGGAUUUGUGGAGUUUGAUGAUCACAGAGAUGCUGACGAUGCUGUAUAUGAACUGAAUGGCAAAGUACUGUGCAAUGAAAGGGUGACAAUUGAGCUUGCAAGGAACCGCAGAGGAAGAGGUGGAAUGAUGGGAGGUGGAGGCGGGAGGUAUCCAAAUCGCUUUGCUUAUCGCCAGUCCAAUAGUGGUGGGCCCAGUAGAUAUGGACCACCUGUUCGUACUGAGCACAGAAUUAUAGUAGAAAACCUCUCGUCCCGUGUCAGUUGGCAGGAUCUAAAGGAUUUCAUGAGGAAGGCCGGAGAGGUAACUUAUGUGGAUGCCCAUCGAAGUAACAGAAAUGAGGGGGUUGUGGAAUUCGCAUCUUAUUCUGAUAUGAAGAGUGCUUUAGAUAAACUGGAUGGUGUAGAACUGAGUGGGCGCAAAAUUAAACUUACUGAGGAUAGUAAGAAACACAGAAGUAGAUCAAGAUCAAGAUCACGAAGUCGCUCAAGGUCUCGCAGCAAGUCUAAAUCUCGCGGGUCCUCCAAAUCUGCAAGUCGAUCCAGAUCCAAAAGCCGUACACCUGAGAGAAAAUACUCACAGAAAAAUAACUCUGCGGAGCCAGCGCAGGGCUCCCCACCACCACGCUCCAAGCGCCAAUCCAGAUCAAGUUCGGCAGAUAGUCGUAAUUAAUGGCAGGUCUGUGUUGUGUACGAAAGAUGAGAAAUACAAAGGGUGAUUUCCACUGUAAAGUGUAACCAAAGUGCUUGCGUAAUGAUAAUAAUAUAGCACUUCCGUGCUUUUCACAUAAACAUGAACAAAAC